AGGAGCUUGGUGGGGGGGGUGGCGCGGGGAUCGGUGACAGCCUCCCGAAGGCAGUCGUUCCCUUACUCAGCUCCCCCUCCGCCCGCUGGGAUUCUCUCGGGGAAGGGGAAAGGGGGCGGGGAGCAGAGGUGUCCCUCUGACGGCGGCAGAAGAGGCAGACAGACUGACAGACACCCAGACCAACAGUGCAGCCCCAGGGUUCAUCCCCCCCACCAGACUCGCACACUCUUUUGGUGGUGACUGGGGCUCGGCGCCCGCCGCGAAGCCCGAUGUGGUCCGGAGGCGGUGGGAAGGCGCGGGGCUGGGAGGCCGCAGCGGGAGGGAGGAGCAGCCCCGGCAGGCUCAGGUGAAACCCCGCUCCCCGUACCUCAGCUCCCUCUCCCCAAAGACCAGCCCCCCGACCCCGGAACCCCGACCGAAUCGGACCGCGGUUCCACUUGGUAACUCCCCAAGUUGGUUGCAAAGCAGCAUUCACCUUCCUUCCUCCUUCUCCAUCCCUCCCCUUAGGUUACUCUCUACCCCACCUCUGGCCCUCCCGCUCUCGGCUCCCUCCUCCUUUCCCUCCCCCGCCUUUUCCUCGUGCGCCACAGGCACCCCACAAAAAUGGGGGUGGGGGUGUCCAAGGGAGGGGGGAAGUAAUGCUUUGGGUCUCUCUCUCUCUCUCUCUCUCUCUCUCUCUCUCUCUCUCUCUCUCUCUCUCUCUCCUUUCUCUCUUUGAGACGUAAAAAUCCUGACAAGUGAAGCUUAAAGGUGUUUACCUUGUCAUCAGCAUGUAAGCUAAUUAUCUCGGGCAAGAUGUAGGCUUCUAUUGUCUUGUUGCUUUAGCGCUUAUGCCCCGCCUCUGGUGGCUGCCUAAAACCUGGCGCCGGGCUAAAACAAACGCGAGGCAGCCCCCGAGCCUCCACUCAAGCCAAUUAAGGCGGACUCGGUCCACUCCGUUACGUGUACAUCCAACAAGAUCGGCGUUAAGGUAACACCAGAAUAUUUGGCAAAGGGAGAAAAAAAAAAAAGUAGCGAGGCUUCGCCUUCCCCCCUCUCCCUUUUUUUUUCCUCCUCUUCCUUCCUCCUCCAGCCGACGCCGAAUCAUGUCGAUGAGUCCAAAGCACACGACUCCGUUCUCAGUGUCUGACAUCUUGAGUCCCCUGGAGGAAAGCUACAAGAAAGUGGGCAUGGAGGGCGGCGGCCUCGGGGCUCCGCUAGCAGCGUACAGACAGGGCCAGGCGGCCCCGCCGGCCGCGGCCAUGCAACAGCACGCCGUGGGGCACCACGGCGCCGUCACCGCCGCCUACCACAUGACGGCGGCGGGGGUGCCCCAGCUUUCGCACUCCGCCGUGGGGGGCUACUGCAACGGCAACCUGGGCAACAUGAGCGAGCUGCCGCCUUACCAGGACACCAUGCGGAACAGCGCCUCGGGCCCCGGAUGGUACGGCGCCAACCCAGACCCGCGCUUCCCCGCCAUCUCCCGCUUCAUGGGCCCGGCGAGCGGCAUGAAUAUGAGCGGCAUGGGCGGCCUGGGCUCGCUGGGGGACGUGAGCAAGAACAUGGCCCCGCUGCCUAGUGCGCCCCGCCGGAAGCGCCGGGUGCUCUUCUCCCAGGCGCAGGUGUACGAGCUCGAGCGACGCUUCAAGCAGCAGAAGUACCUGUCGGCGCCCGAGCGCGAGCACCUGGCCAGCAUGAUCCACCUGACGCCCACGCAGGUCAAGAUCUGGUUCCAGAACCAUCGCUACAAGAUGAAGCGCCAGGCCAAGGACAAGGCGGCGCAGCAGCAACUGCAGCAGGACAGCGGCGGCGGCGGAGGAGGCGGCGGCGGCGGCGGGGGCGCCGGAUGCCCACAGCAGCAGCAAGCUCAGCAGCAGUCGCCGCGCCGGGUGGCCGUGCCGGUCCUGGUGAAAGACGGCAAACCGUGCCAGGCGGGCGCCCAGGCGCCGGGCGCCGCCAGCCUCCAAGGCCACGCGCAGCAGCAAGCUCAGCAGCAGGCGCAGGCGGCGCAGGCGGCUGCCGCGGCCAUCUCGGUGGGCAGCGGUGGCGCGGGGCUAGGCGCGCACCCAGGCCACCAGCCGGGCAGCGCGGGCCAGUCCCCGGACCUGGCGCACCACGCAGCAAGCCCGGCAGCGCUGCAGGGCCAGGUCUCCAGCCUAUCCCAUCUGAACUCCUCGGGCUCGGACUAUGGCGCCAUGUCCUGCUCUACCUUGCUUUACGGUCGGACCUGGUGAGACGUGGGACCCGGCCAGAGCCCCGCGCGGCCUCACCGCUUUCGCCUCUGCCCGCCCGCAAAGACCACCAUUCGCCCGCUGCUCCACGCGCUUCGACUUUUCUUAAGAACCUGUUUGUGUUUAGACCAAGGAAAAAGUACACAAAGACCAAACUGCUGGACGCCUUCUUCUUCUUCUUCUUCUUCUUCUUCUUCUUCUUCUUCUUCUUCUUCUUCUUCUUCUUCUUCUUCUUCUUC